AUGGCGAUCGAUGUCUCGACACCACACCUGAGUAUUGCCAUCGUCGGUGGUGGACCUGGAGGCUUGGGGGCUGCUAUCGCGCUGUCAAAACUACCACAUGUCGAUGUCACAGUCUAUGAGAAAGCAAGCGAGCUGCGUGAGGUUGGUGCAGGUAUAAGUAUCGGUACGAACUCUUGGAGGGUCUUGGACCUGCUGGGUGUCGCUGACACGCUAACCAGCGAAUUAAUAUACUAUCUGAGAAAACUCGAAACUAAAUCUAGUAUUAGGAAUGGGCGUUCGGGAACAGAGCUUCAUCGUCGCGAGAAGCCACGAGACGAUAGCAGGAGACCUCCUACCCGAACGCAGCGAACAAAACUGCAAUCAGCUUUGCUCGCUCACAUCAACCCAGGUGUCAUUCAGCUUUCGAAACAACUGACUCGCAUAAUGGACCUAGGCAAAGAGGGCGUUGAGUUGCACUUUAAAGACGGUAGCUCAGCCGUUGCGGAUCUUGUGGUUGGUGCUGACGGUAUUCGUUCAGUUGUCAGAGAUGCAGCAUGGCUGGAGUACAAGAUCAAGUUCACCGGCACUACGAUUUGGCGCACCCUGGUCCCAUGGAACGACGUAAAGGAGCUGGAUUCACGUUUCGACACUACCGCCUGGUGGCAUACACCCACGACACAUGUGUACUUCUCACCAGUUGGCGAAGGUCUAUGGGAAAUUGCAGCCAGAGCGUGGCAUGAUCCGGCGACCCAUAGCGCCAGCAAGGUUAGCUGGGGCGUACCUGUCGAUAACGCACAUGUCGAAUCGCACUUUACGGAGUAUCUGCCGCAGAUUCGCGAAGCGUUGUCGCGCGUUCCUCCAGGCGGAUGGCGUGAGUUCGCUGCAUUUGCUGGGCCAGAGCUCGGUACCUUGACAGCAUGGGACAACAAGAUUGUGCUGAUUGGCGACUCAUCGCACGCUCUCUCUGGUGCAUUCGGGUCAGGCGCAGGGUUCGCGAUGGAGGACGGAUGGGUUCUUGCGCAAGCACUCGGGUACUUCCAGAACGAUUUGGGCAAAGCGUUACCACUAUUUAACACAAUCAGGCUGCCAUACUACAGCCGUAUGUACGAGCAUCUCGCGUCGGAAGCGGGCCGUCGUACGAAGAGAUUGCAGGAACUUGGUGAUCCCUCAUUUGAUGAGCGCGUUGCGAACAAGCUCAUUGUAGACGGUGGUACUGAUAUGUCGUGGAUCUACGAGAAUGACAUCGCAGCUACGUGGGAACAA